AUGUUUAAGAAAGAUCCCCAGCCAAAAGCCUCGGCCAAUAUCAAGUCUUCCGAGAGAAGAAAACUUCUACAGAAUAUUUGCAAUGUCUAUGGUCUAGUACAAGAUGAGCUAGCAAAAGAAGCCACGGUAGCACUUUUGCCAAACAACACCAAACAGGCUGCCUUUAAGAGUGUCCAAGGCUAUAGCGGUACAAUAUACUCGGACGACAACGAAACACCUACGUGGUUCAAGUCUCGAGACUCCCAAAUCUAUCCAUCAUUGUUCACAGUAUGGAAAUGUCCUUACCUUCUUCCCACUGUGAAAACCCAUCCCCAUGUCAUUGGUGUUUUGGAGGGGGGCGCUGAUUUGAUGUUGCCUGGAACAAUACCGCCUUUUGAUAAACGCUGUGUGAAGGGAGUCGUAGUUGGAGUUGUUGAUAGUGCCAACCCUACUGUGAUCAAAGCUAUUGGUAGAUGUAAACUAAACUUGACACAGUUCGACACAGUAGUCGGAAGAACAGGAGUUGCCGUAGAAAUUCUCCACCAUAUAGACGACGAACUUUACAAGCUUAACAAGUUUGUCGACAUUGACAUUCCGGAAGAACUAGACACCAAAAUACCGUUGAAGGAAGCUGAAUCUGAACUAGCUCCAGAGAAUGAAGACAAUGAAGAAAUCGCACAAGAAAAUAAAGACGAAAUAGUCCCAGAACCUAAGGAAACAGCUGUAAGUCAAGGUACUCAAUCGUAUAAUAUAGAUGACGUGGCUGAACAAGUUAGUCUGCUUACGGUAGAAGAAGUAGACAAUUUCUUUACCAGAUCAUUGUUACAGACAAUAAAACUAGAAGACAUUGAAUUGCCUAUCAUUUCCUCCACCUUCAUGUCUCUCUACAUAUACAAAAAUCUCCCCGUGAUAGACAGCAGCUACUGCAACAUCAAAAGGACCUCCUGGAAAAAAACUUCCAAGUUCUUGAAGGCCAUGGUGAAGUUGAAAUACUUGGAUGUUAAAGGAAAGGACGAAGACUUGACUAUUAUCAAGUUGCUUGACAAGAAGAAUCCUCUUGUGGAGAACUUUGUACCCCACAAGACCAUGGGAAAGUUGAACAGCGCAAGUCAAGGUCCUACCCAAUCAAAGAAAGCAAAUGAAUUGUCUGUGGUGUCGCUUUAUAAACCUACAAACAAGUCGCGAAUGUUCUUCAAUAAGGUAGACCAAGUGUUCAACAAUUACUUCACCUCGUCUGAACUCCGCUCGUUAUUGGAGAAGUAUAUCAAACUGGAGAAUCUUCUGAAUCCUAAGAACCCGAAGACAAUUGUUUUGGACGACAAUCUUCUUUCAAUCACUGGCGGAGAACGAGUUAGCCCCAGAGAUCAAGUGUUUAAGGCGUUCUUAGCCAAUUUCUCUCCUCACUACCAAAUAAAUGAACCAGGAGCAUCUGGUAAGAAGGGAGAAGUCAAGAGAGGUCAACCACCCAAGAUACUUAUCAUAACCGAGAUGAAGAUUGGUAGAAAGGUCAUUACCAGAGUGUCUAAUUUCGAAGACUUUUACAUCAAGCCUCACCUCUUGUCCGAAGAACUCAAGGUGAAAUGCUCAGGUUCAAGCACUAUUGGACCAUAUGUGCAAAAUCCGAAGAUAACCGAGGUUACUGUCCAGGGUCCACAUGGAAAGUUGAUUAUUGAGAUGCUCAAAGAGAAGGGAGUACCAGUGACUUGCAUUGAAUUUCAGGACAAGGUGAAAAAGGGCAAGAAACGUUAG